ACUUUUUUUUUUUUUCAUUAAAUUUAUUAAUUUGUAAAUUUUAUUUUCAAUUUAUUUCUUUUUUUUAGAGUAAAUAAUGGAGUAAAAAUAUUUGACAAGUUAAAAUAAACAAGUUUUUUUUUUUUUUUCUUUCUUAAUUUUAAAAUAAACAAAAUUUAAGAUAAAAAAACAAAACAGACGUGGAUUAUUUACUGUGAAAAACUGUUGCAGUGAUAAAAAGAAAAAAAAAAAAAAAAAGUUUUAUUAUUAUUAUUAUUUUUUUUUGGAGCAAAUUAGUGAUUAUUAAAAAAUUUAUUAUUUUGUUUAUCUACUGAUGUUUGGUUAUUUAUUGGAGUGAAUUUUUUUAUGUGCUGUGUAUCAUCAUCGGAUUUUUUUUAUCUCAUCGGCAUCUAAGAUGAUAUAUGAAUUUCAAUGGGACAAACCAAUGACAUCAAUCUAAAAUUUCCAUCAUCAACUGUAGUCAAGACGCUUGAAGGAGUUGCAAGAGCCAAACCAAGAAAAUAAAAUUAAAAAAAAAAUUGAAGAAAAAUAAAAACGAAAGCCGAAGGAAUAUCUUGGAAGCCUAAAAAACAAGAAAAAAAAAAAAAGAGUACACUUGAGCAAAGAAUAAAAAAAAAGCAAGAUAGAUGUAUAGUUUUUGGGGUUUUAUAAUAGUGUUCGUGUGCUCGUGAAAGAAUCUUGACGAAAUCCAAGAGAAUAAGAAGAGGUACAACGAUGCGACGGAUCUUGCUUCGUCAUUAAGAAACGACUACCCAAAAAGAGCUGGACCCUGGAGUUCGGUUUCUCUUUGCCAACAAACUUCUCUACUCUUCGGUGUUGUUAUAUAUCCAGUGAUUUAUUUUUUUUUAUUGUGAAUCAUCAGUUGAUUGUUUUUUAAAUUUGUUUCAAGUUUAUAUUUUUAUACUUUUGUUAAAUUAAUUUUAUAAAUAUAAUUUUUAAUUAUCAGUGGUAGAUGGUAUUUGAAUUAUUGAAUUCAAAGCCGUCUUAUGACGUAUGGCUUGAUGUUGAGCCAUUAAAUAAUAUCAAAAAGUUUACAUUUAAUUGGAAUAUAUUAUUCCAAGACAACGAGUGAUAGUGAUAGUGAUAUAGUGUUGCUGCAAAUGCAGCAUUUUAUUAUUGGCAAUGUGGAGGCAACAGUGAUGCCCGUUGAUCCAAAAAGAGGACCAGCGGGGAAAUAAUUAACUUCCUCUUUAUUAUAAAAGAAGAUAUAACAAAAAAAAACAAGGGGAAGUUUUUUACAAAAAUUAUUCAAUAAUUAUAUAUUUAUUUGGGAUUAUCAAGAAUAUUUUAAAUAUGGCGGGAAAUAUAUCAAUUGCCACAUGUAUGCUUGUCAUCAUCAAUGUUCUCAUCCUAUGUUUUCAAACUACCAAAGCAGAACAAGUUGUUCUAUUGGACACAACAACAGAAGAAAUAUUGGAUUGGACUAAAUUUCCAUAUGAACCACAUGCAAAAACACCUGGGUGGGUUGAAGAAUCAUUUACAAACUUCGACAAGGGUAUUAAUUGGCGAAGUUAUGUUGUUUGUGAUGUUGCAUAUAAUAAUGUUAACAAUUGGCUAUGGACACCAUUCAUUGAACGUGGUCCAGCCAAUCGUAUGUACAUUGAAAUAAAAUUUACAACACGUGAUUGUUCAUUAUUUCCUGGUAAUGCAUUGAGCUGUAAAGAAACAUUUUCAUUAUUAUAUUAUGAAUUUGAUGCUGCAACAAAAGAGCCACCACCUUGGGAAACAGAAAGUUACAAACUCAUUGGUCGUAUUGCUGCUGGUGAAGGACGUUUUAAUACAAAUACUGAAGUUGUUAUAAAUACUGAAGUUAAAUCAAUACCAGUUACAAAAAAAGGUGUUUAUUUUGCAUUUCGUGAUCAGGGUGCAUGUAUAUCAAUACUUGCAAUAAAAGUAUAUUACAUAAGUUGUCCAGAGGUGUCUGUUAAUUUUGCUCAUUUUCCUGCAACACCAACUGGACGUGAAGUUGCAUUAAUUGAACCAGCAAUGGGUAUAUGUGUUGAAAAUGCAGUUAAAAUUGAACAACCAAAAUUUUUAUGUAAAGGUGAUGGUAAAUGGUAUUUACCAUCUGGUGGUUGUCAUUGUAAACCAGGUUAUCAAGCUGAUAUUGAAAAACAACAAUGUACUGAAUGUCCAAUUGGUAAAUUUAAAAAUGAUGCUGGUUCACAAACAUGUGAAAAAUGUCCAGCACAUAGUACAGCACCAAAUUAUGGUUUUAUUGAAUGUCGUUGUGAUCCUGGAUAUUAUAGAUCAACAAAAGAUCCAAAAAUAAUGCCAUGUACACAACCACCAUCAGCACCACAAAAUUUAACUGUUAAUUUUGUUGAUCAAUCAACAGUUAUAUUAUCAUGGAAUGCACCAAAUUUUCUUGGUGGUAGAAGUGAUACAACAUACAGAGUUGUUUGUGAUGCUUGUACUAUGGGUGUUAAAUACAUACCAAAUACAGAUAUUUUCAAUGAUACUAAAAUAACAAUAACUGGAUUAAAUGCAGUUACGACAUAUCGUUUUCAAGUAUUUGCUGAAAAUGGUGUAUCCAGCAUUAAAGGUGAUGCUGAUUUUGUUGAUAUAACUGUGACAACAGAAGCAAGUGUACCAAGUCUUGUUAGUAAUGUUAGAAUAACAUAUGUUAAAAGCACUGAAUUGAGUAUCAGUUGGGAUGCACCAAUAACUGAACAAAGUAGUGAUGCUGAUCUCGUUGAACGUUAUGAAGUUAAAGGAUAUCCAAGAUUUGACGAUGCAACAAAUGCAACUGUACUUCAAACUCAAGAUUUAUCAGCAACUUUCAAGGGUCUCAAGCCAGGAACAGAGUAUGCCAUUCAAGUAAGAGCAAAAACAACUCGUGGAUGGGGAGAAUAUACACCAGUUAUUUAUAAAAAAACACCUCAUGCUAUGGGACUUGAUUAUGUUGGAGAUGAUGACAACAUGCAAGUGCGAAUAAUUGCUGGUGCAAUUGUCGCUGUGGUUGUAUUACUCGUGAUUAUAAUAAUUAUGACUGUACUAUUUCUCAGAAGCAGAGCCUCGGAUGAGUGCAACAAAAAGCAGCCAAGUGACUGUGACACCCUCGAGUACAGAAAUGGUGAAGGACUAGUUGUGACCUACAUGCACUGCAAAAUGGACAGUUCACCGAUUGUGACAACCCAUACCAACAACAAGAGCAAGUCCUCGCUGACAACACCACUAUUUACACCAGCAGUUGGUGUUGCAUCAGCUGGUGCUGGUGGAGCUGGUGGUACUGGAUCAAGAAGUUACGUUGAUCCUCAUACAUAUGAGGAUCCAAAUCAAGCAGUGCGUGAAUUUGCACGUGAAAUUGAUGCUGGAUAUAUCACAAUUGAAGCCAUCAUUGGUGGUGGUGAAUUUGGUGAUGUUUGUCGAGGUAAAUUAAAACUACCACCAGACGGUAGAAGUGAAAUUGAUGUUGCAAUUAAAACACUUAAACCAGGAUCAGCAGAUAAAGCACGAAAUGAUUUUCUAACGGAGGCAUCAAUUAUGGGACAAUUUGAACAUCCAAAUGUGAUAUUUUUACAGGGUGUUGUUACAAAAAGUAAUCCAGUUAUGAUUAUAACUGAAUUUAUGGAAAAUGGUAGUCUUGAUACAUUUUUACGUGCAAAUGAUGGUAAAUUUCAAGUAUUACAACUUGUUGGUAUGCUAAGAGGUAUUGCAAGUGGUAUGCAAUAUCUUGCAGAAAUGAAUUACGUACAUCGUGAUCUUGCUGCUAGAAAUGUACUUGUUAAUGCUGCAUUGGUUUGUAAAAUUGCUGAUUUUGGUCUUAGUCGUGAAAUUGAAAGUGCAACUGAAGGAGCCUACACGACUCGGGGUGGAAAAAUACCAGUACGAUGGACAGCACCCGAGGCAAUAGCAUUCAGAAAAUUCACAAGUGCAUCCGAUGUAUGGAGCAUGGGAAUUGUUUGUUGGGAGGUAAUGUCAUACGGUGAAAGACCGUAUUGGAACUGGUCAAAUCAGGAUGUGAUAAAAUCAAUUGAAAAAGGAUACAGAUUACCAGCACCAAUGGAUUGUCCUGAAGCAAUAUAUCAAUUGAUGCUGGAUUGCUGGCAAAAAGAAAGAACGCAUAGACCAACAUUUUCAAAUUUAACACAAACACUUGAUAAACUUAUCAGAAGUCCAGAUACACUGAGAAAAAUCGCCCAAAACAGUGUGAGGCCACCAGCACAUAAUCCUUACUAUGUGACAAACCAAUCAAUGGGUAGUGGACUUGUACCAGUUACUGGCACAGGACAAUUUGUUGAUGUAUCAAGUCAUCAAACACAAUCAUCACAUGCCGUUCCAGUAAUGCCAGCGGGGGCAGGACGUAGUCUACACUAUCAUACACACGCGGCAACUCAUACACUACCACAUCAACCAUUAACAUAUCCAAAUUGGGUACCAUUCACCCACUUUGGAUAAAUAUUUAUUAAAUAAUCAUUAUAUUUAGAAUUAUUUAUUUAUUUUUAUUUUUUUCAUUUGAAAUUUUUAAAUACAUUUUCCCAGAGCCUACAAGCGCCACCACCUUCACCACCCACUAUGCCAAUUUAUUCAGACUGACAAAAUACAUAAUUUUCCAAAGUGCUCAAACGUAAAUUAACAAUAUAAUAAUUAACUAAAAAAAAUAUGCAGACUCAAACGACCAAUCAGCAAGCAACUCUACAAUGUUGCUUUAAAUCAAUAAUAUUUUUUUUCUUUUAUUUUUUCAAUAAUUAAAAAAGUAAAUAAUAAAGUUUAUAAAAAUAUAUAUAUUAUAUAAUACAAAAAAAAAAGCAGAUAAUGUUGAUAUAAAUUAAAGAUUUUUUAUACAUCGAGAUUUCCUACAGUGACCAAAUCAAGUGUCAGAGUUUUUAAUAAUUAAAGAAUAAAUUUAAAAAAGAUUUAUGAAAAUUAAAAGCAAUAGAAAUUAGUUUAAGAUAAAAAUAAUAAAUUCUAAAUAUUGUGUAUUUCAGAUAUUAAUAGAGUUUUAGAAAUGUUUUUUAAAAAAUAAUAUUUAAAAAGUGAGUUUAGAAAAAAUUUUAGAUAAGGAAAAAUUAAAAAUAAGGAUAUGAAAAAGUCAAUUUAUAUUUUUACAGAUAAAUAUUUAAAAAAAAAUUUCGAUAAUUUUUAAUACAAAAUUAACAAGAUAAUCAAUUAUUUAGAAAAAAAAAAAAACAAAAAUAUGGUUAUUAUUUUAAUGUUUUUUUUCUUGAUGGAGAAUUUAGAAAAUAUUUAAAAUAUUUUUCUUUUGUUUCUCUUGAUGGAAAUUCAAGUUUCAUAUCCAUUACAUAUAUUUACCGAGUAAAUUUAAAUUAUAUAUUUAAUAAAAUUAAUAAAAUUUAAAAUCAACGAAUAGAUUGUACGUGUUUUAGGUUCUAAAUUAUUAGUAGAAAUAUUAAAUGGAUUUAGAAAUUAAAAUUAACAGUAGGGCUUAGCCGAAAAUUUUCAGAUAAAUUGUGUUUAGAAAUUAAAUUUUAAAAAAUCGUUAAAACGCGAAUUAUUCAGAUUUAAAAAAAACCAUAUUCAUAAAUUUAAUUAAAAAAAAAAAAAAAAAUAUUAUAUUAAAAUAAAUAUAUUUAUUAAAAUCUCGUGGGAAAAAAAGAAAAUUAAAAAAAAAAAAAACAUAAUAGUAAUAUUAAUGAUGAUAAAGUUAAAAGUAAAAAAAAAAAAAAAAAAAGACUUAUCGUAUUCGCACGUGACUCGAAAGAAAUCCGUGACGUAGAAUAGUAUUUUUAUACGUGAAUUUAAACAACGUGGUAACAAAGAAAAUUGAAAAAUAAAAAAAAAAAAAAUAGUCAACCCGAUUUCAUGGUAAUAUAAGAUUUCAUUAAAAGUAACGAAAAAAAAAAAAAAAAAAAAAAA